ACGUUGUCAUAGAGCCGCUGAGUGUCGUUGCCUGGAGACAAAUGCCUAUACACAAUCUGGUCCCUGCAUAAACCACACGUGCUUCUGCGCAGAGUGCUGCCGGACACCUAUACAGAGAUUACACACAGUCACUCCAGACAAUUGAAGAUGUCAACAGAUAUGUGGGUAGGGUCUUGGAGACCUCACAAAGCAAGAGGACCAAUCGCAGCAUUCUACAACAGUCCAGGGCCAAAAUACGCACUCCCUGGAGCCAUAGGAAUUCAAUUUCACGAUCCAAGGAAAUACAAAGCCCCUGCUUUUAGCUUUGGUACCCGUCACUGUUCAUAUUCUACCAACUGUUCCCCAGGCCCUGGGUAUCUAAUACAACCGAACAUCACCCGGACAGGGAAGGAUGGGACUCCUAUAUACUCACUUUAUGGGCGCCCCAAAGACCUUAACCUCUUCCAAACCCCAGGACCAGGCCAAUACUCUCCGGAAAAAUCAGGGAAAUCAGCACAUUAUUCUGCCCCUGCUUACUCUCUGUCUGCGCGGUCCAAAGGAUUUCGCAAUGACCAGACUCCUGGACCAGCAGCCUAUAUACUUCCAUCUGUGUUAGGACCCCGGACAGUGAACAAAACCUCUGCUCCCAACUUCAUCCUGACUGGAAGGAGCAAGAUUGGGAGCUUUCAUGAGGACCUUCAGAAGACUCCUGGGCCUGGGACAUACAGAGUGAUUGACCCCUGUGCGUAUAAGUACAAGCCUCCUCAUUACAGCAUUACUGGACGCAAUAGCAUGCCAGGAGACACAACAAGGAAACCGGGGCCUGGAGCAUACAGUCCAGAGAGGGUAACCAUUUCAGGAGGCAAAGCUCCCAGCUACUCGUUUGGAAUCCGACACUCGGAGUACGUUGCUCCGCUCAUUGUGGAUGUACUUGAUUAAAAAGCACCUCCAGCACCUUUCCCAGGACACACACAAUGCUCACCUUUAUAUCGGGCCACUACAUUAGAGAUUGUAUUGUGGAUGACCAUGUCAAAUUGUAGAUCUUUUGGAAGUAUCUCUUUUUUUUCUUAAUUCUUCAACCUUUCCUUUGUGAUUGAAUUGCCUCACAUUAAGUCAAAAGUCACAAUCAUGCUCACUGAAACGGUCAGUUAUUAGGGAGGCUUCAAGUGAAGACUGCAAUGAAGCCAAAAAAUAGGACAUGCUAGACCACUGUUAUAGUGUACAUAGAGAAUGUGACCAGAGAUUUUAAAAUAACAGGUAUUAUAUGGGUAAAUAUAUUUUAGAUAUUAACCUGUGUCUAUAAUGUACAGUAAGUUGUCAUUUGGAGUCUGCGAAAGCUGUUGAAAUUAGUAAACAGCUUAAAAUGAAAAUACAGUAAAUAAUUGAUCUUUUAGUAUUAUACCCCCAUAAUCUUCGACUACCAUUAUCCUGUGUUGCAGCAAUACCUCCAUGUCUAUAGCUUAGGGCUGUCUGUCUGUCUUCAAGUGCCAUUUUAAUAGAUUUUUCUUACUCUUUUGUGUAGUUUACAAUCAUGGUUGAAUAUGGUCCUAUAUAUUUUACACUAUAGAGAUCCUGAUGGUAUUUUCCUCAUGGAAGUUUACUGAAGCCUUAUUAACAAUAUACAUAGAAUUACAUAUGCUAGAAGUACAGAUUUAGGGCAAAAGAAUUGUACAGUGUCUGUCAGUGUUUACAUUUAAAAUGCACUCCCAUAACCUCCAAGGGUACCAUUUCCCAGUGUUACAGUAAUUAUGUCUUUGUGGGUUUCUGUCAUCCAGGUCAAAUGAUGAAUUAAAGUCACAUUGUAUGUUCAAUGUUUUGCAUUACACAAUAUACAAUUAACCCAUUUAAAUAAAA